GACUAAAAAAAUCCAUUUUCUACGAUAUCCUCGUACAAAAACAAAAUUUCCUGGACCUCGAAACAAAAGAAAAGCUUAAAAAUUCUCGCAAACUUUAUAACUACAGCGAAUACGGGAUGCUGCAGAGCAUAAAAAUCUCCAAUGCUUCAAUGGCUGCUAUAUCCUCAAACAAAUCAUUCUUCAAGUUAUGCCAAUUAAACCCUAGAAAUGAGCAUUCGAACCCUACAAAUCAGCGUUCAAGCCCUAGAAAUAAGCAUUCACACCCUGGAAAAGAAUUUUUAAGUCCGAGAAGUGUGCAUUUAAACACAAAAAAUGAAUUACAAAUGCCUUUGGAAAAAGAAAUUCCAUUAAUUUCCAGUCAAUUGUUUGGGGAAACAACCUCAAAUCGUAUUAUCUGCAAUUUAAAUGGAUUUUGUAAGCCAAUUAUUCGCUUCAGAAGGAUGCCGUGUUGUCGCGUGGCAGAGUCAGGAGCUUACGUAGACAAGGCUUUAGACAAAGAGGAGGAGGAUGAGGAGGAGGAGAAGGAGGAAGAGGAGGAGGAUUUUGUUAACAAAGAACAGGCAUUACAAAACACGCUGAGGCUGGUGGAAUGUGCAAUGUUUUCUGCAAUUGUUGGUUUGGCGUAUUUUUUGAGCAGUACGCUGCGUAUUGAGAAUUACUUUGGUUACUUUUUCUCUCUUCCCUUAGUUAUCUCAUCGAUGAGAUGGGGUGUAGCUGCUGGAAGAAAAACUAUGGUGUCUACAGCAAUCCUGCUAUUGAUUAUAUCUGGUCCACUGAAGGCAGCUACUUAUUUGCUAAUGCAUGGAUCUGUUGGCUUUGCUAUGGGUGCUCUGUGGAGGUUGGAGCUAAACUGGAGCCUAUCAAUUCUUAUCUGCACAAUGGUACGCAGUAUUGGGGCAUUGGGAUUUGUUCUUCUGACAUCAUGGCUAUUAAGGGAGAAUAUACUUGCUCUGAUUAUGAUAAAUGCUCAUGCUUCUGUGUCUUACUUGUUUGCUGCUGUCAGUAUCAAUGUGGUUCCUUCAAUGAAGUUGAUAUACGCAAUAUUCACAAGUUUGCUUCUAUUAAACUGUGGAACAUUUGUAUUCCUGCUUCAUGUCCUUUAUGCUAUAUUUAUAAGGCGCCUUGGCAUCAAGACUUCCAUGUCACUUCCUGGAUGGCUGGAGAGGGCUCUCUAAAGAGCUUGCUUAUGCAUGCGACAUUUUCUGCUUGGUAAAAGAAUUGUUGGAAAUAUGCAAACAAAUCCUGAUGCUGUCCAGAAAUCACACGGAACCAAUUUGGCUGAAAUAAGAGCAAUUCAUGAAAAUACAUACAAUCCAGAUCCUCCCAGUGGGAUAAAUUAUAUAUUCCAAGCAGACACACAACUAAAAUUAAAUUACUCACAGCAAACUGAGUCUGAACCUCACGGCCCCAAAGUUAAUCUUGGAUUCUAUAAAGAUUGAUCAUGAUUCAUGGUACUGGUUCCAGACAGGUGUAACUUCACAGUUUCUUGAUUCUUAUGUAUUAUUUUCUUCUAGGCAUUAUACUGUUGCCUCCAUCUUAUCAAGUUUGUUCAUGAAAUGAAAAUGAGGUGUAAUAUAUUGGUAUUUUUUGAUUCAGACCCCUAAUCUAGUUGAUUACCAAGAAAUGAAAUUAUUCUCAGAUCUUGUAAGGUCCAACAACCUUUGUAUGAGAUGGGCUGCUGGUUGCUAGCCUGAACUAAAGUCUGACAAUUUAUUAAAAAUUUGCAAUGCC